ACAGGAACUUGACGACUUCCCUUCCCCCCAACCGCCGUUGCCGGUGUCGCUGCCGCCCGACAUGUCGCUCGACCGGAGCUUCUCCACCUCCGCCGCCCUCUCGCGCCUCCUCGCCCGCUGCCCCGCGCUCGGCGCCGACCCGUGCCUCCUCGCCCUCGCGUCUGCGCCCGCCGCACCUACCUGGGACGACGUCGCCGCCGCGCUCGCCGAGCCGCUCUUCCACCCACGCUACACCGUCCCCAUCAUCGGCUGCUUCCGCCCACUCGCGCCCGCACUCGUCGACCACGCCUCUGAGCUCCUCCGCACCGCAGCGCCCGCCCUCCUCGUCGACAGUGCCUCCAGCCAGGAGGAGGAGGUCGGGGAGGGGGAUACCCGCGUCGUUGAGUUCUACCUCUCCAGGGGAAGGGGCUUGCGGCUGCACGAGCUCGCGUGCCUCGCGCUCUCCCGGGCCCUCGACCUUGCCCCCCACUUGAUUCGACGCGUAUUAAAGUAUUUCAAGUUUUCUCCUCCGCCAUUCCAGAGACUUCUUUGUGAAGGUGUUCCAUCGCCUACUAAGGGAUUACAUCUGUUCCUUGAUGCCACCCAAGUAUCAUACCGGUUUCUAGAAUUGGAACCCAGGGUAUUUUGUGAACAAUGGGACUGGUCUUGCUUUUUGGACCUUGUAAACGGUACAACUGAUUAUAGGCCAGCGGACGACUCACUUCAUAGUGUUGUAUUGGAUUUAAGAUGGUGUGCAAUACAAAUACUCGUGGUGGUUUUUAAAGCAAGUGAUAUGGGCAACGCAAGUUUUGGUCUUGGGGCGGAUGAUGCUUUUACAUGUUUACUGAGAUGGAAGGAGUUCUGCACGGACACUUCGUUAGAGAAAGCCUCUUUGUAUCUGCAGACUGAGGAAGGCAAUUCUAACAUUGCUUUAACUUCUUUGGCCGAUACUUUGUUGGAUUGGUCAGAGGUUACAACGGGAAAGGAAUAUAACAUUGGAUGUAACAUAAGUCCGUUUGUGCUCACUGCCACUUUGCGCAAGAGUUAUGAGGUAGCUCUGAUGGCAGUUAGCCAAAGGUGGCCUGUACUUCUCUAUGGUCCUGUUGGAGCGGGGAAAACCGAACUCAUUAAUAAGUUGGCACAGAAUCGCGGGAAUCGAGUACUUUUUAUCCACAUGGACGAGCAAAUGGAUGGCCGGACAUUAGUUGGGAGUUACGUUUGCACUGAAAAACCUGGUGAAUUCAAGUGGGCUUCUGGUUCUCUCACACAGGCCAUUGUCAAAGGGUUUUGGAUUGUGUUUGAAGACAUCGACAAGGCACCCACUGAUGUGCAGUCAAUCUUACUACCCUUAUUGGAAGGUUCAAGCUCCUUCUCAAUUGGGCAUGCGGAGGCAGUUGAAGUUGCCGAUGGUUUCCGUUUAUUUGCUACUGUCACCACCUCAAAGCAUGAUUUUUCACAUGCCCUUGAAGGGAGAUUAACCUAUAGUGGCCUGUGGAGAAAAGUGAUGCUGGGAGAACCUAACCGUGAAGACAUGGUUAAUAUAGUUAAUGGAUGCUACCCAAGCUUGGAUACUAUCUCCUCUAAACUCAUAGAUACCUUUGAGAAGGUCAAUUCUCUGGUAUCUUACCAGUUUGGUGGGCUCAACUUAGCUGGAGGUUUUUCUGAUGGCAUUCUACACAGAUUCUCAUUAAGGGACCUGCUCAAAUGGUGCAAGAGAAUAGUUGGAGUUGAUCUCAACUUUGAGGGUCUGGGACUUGCAUCUAGUGGUUACCAAUUCAUCUAUUAUGAGGCUGCUGAUAUUUUUGCUGCUUCCUUAUCAUCUCCGGAUAAAAGGCAAUAUGUAGCAAGAGAAAUUGCUAGAAUAUUGGGUUUAUUUCAUCAGGCAGAAACCAUGCAUCCUACCGACAAGCCCAUUAUUCAGGCUCGGCACACCGACUUGCAAGUUGGCAGAGUUACUCUGCAAUGCAGCGACAAACCAGCAUUAAUUCAGAAGGGGCCUUUUGCUGAUAUUCGCAGCGCACUAGAUGUUCUUGAGAGGGUUGCAUGUUCAAUAAAGUUCAAUGAGCCUGUUCUUCUUGUUGGCGAAACCGGCACGGGGAAGACCACUCUUGUGCAAAAUCUUGCUUCCUGGCUUAAACAAUCUUUGACUGUAGUGAACUUAAGCCAGCAAAGUGAUAUAUCUGAUCUCCUCGGUGGAUUUAAGCCUACAGAUGCUCGGUCAAUAUGCUUUCCUCUUUAUAUGGAGUUCAAGGAUCUAUUUUGUCGAAGUUUUUCUAAAAAGGGGAAUGAAGAUCUUUUACGUUAUUUUGAUGUAUACGUAAUGGAGAAGAAUUGGGUAAAAUUAUUAAAUUCGUUGGCCAAGUGUGCUGAGAAUGCUCAUAAGCUACUUGAAGGCAAGAAGAGAAAAAGGUCUUUGGGUGAAUGGGACUCCCUUUUUUCCAGGCUAAAUGUUGCCCAUAGUCAACUUGGUUCAGCAAGUGGCAUGUCAUUUCAGUUUGCAGAGGGUGCUUUUGUUUCAGCUUUAAGAAAUGGCCAUUGGAUUUUGCUUGAUGAGGUCAACCUUGCACCUCCAGAGACUCUUCAGAGAAUUGGUGCUGUACUGGAUGGAGACAAGGGCACGCUGUGCCUUGCUGAAAGGGGUGAUGUGGAUUAUAUUGAACGUCAUCCUCGCUUUCGUAUGUUUGCUUGCAUGAAUCCAGCAACGGAUGCUGGGAAAAGAGAGUUGCCAUAUGCUUUUAGGAGCAGAUUUACAGAAUGCUUUGUUGAUGAUCUCAUGGAUGAUGAUGAUCUCCGUCUUUUUGUCAGUAAAUAUUUGGAUGGUCUGCAUACUGCUAAAGGAGUUAUAGAUGGCAUUGUUUGUUUCUAUAAGGCGGCGAAAAAGGAAUCUGAGGAGAAGUUGCAGGAUGGAGCCAAUCAGAAGCCCCAAUUUACUCUGAGAUCUCUUUCUCGUGCAUUAGGUUAUGUAAAAAUGGCAGAGAAAUCUUUUGGCUUCAGGAAAGCUCUUUAUGAUGGCUUCUGUAUGUUCUUUCUUACAAUGCUGGAUGUCCCUAGUGCAAAAAUCAUAAAGAACUUAAUAGUAUCUCUUUUGUUGAAUGGAAGAGUGCCACCAAGCAUUUCUUUUGCUGACUACUUUGUUGAAAAGCCUAAGCAACUAAAUGAUUCCGAAUCAGAUGAAUUUUUGUCCAGCUAUGUGUUAACCAGCAGUGUUACUGAGCACAUUGUCAACCUUGCCCGAGCUGUUUACAUUAAAAGAUAUCCUGUUCUCCUGCAAGGUCCAACAUCAAGUGGCAAAACUAGCUUAGUGAGGUAUCUUGCUGCAAAAACUGGCCAUGAAUUUGUCCGCAUAAACAACCAUGAGCAUACUGAUCUUCAAGAAUAUCUUGGUACGUAUGUCCCUGACAGUCACGGGAAGCUUCAGUUUCAGGAGGGUGCUUUGGUGAAGGCUGUACGUGAGGGGCACUGGAUUGUGUUGGAUGAGCUAAAUCUUGCACCUUCUGAUGUUUUGGAAGCUUUGAAUCGGCUGUUAGAUGACAACAGGGAGCUGUUUGUUCCAGAGCUUCAAGAGACUAUUCCUGCUCAUCCUAACUUUAUGCUUUUUGCUACUCAAAAUCCACCUGUGCUCUAUGGAGGACGUAAAAUGCUGUCUAGGGCAUUCCGCAACCGUUUCAUUGAAGUGAAUGUUGAUGAAAUCCCGGAAGAUGAGCUAAUCACAAUUUUGGAGCAGCGCUGUAUAGUUGCUCGCAGUUAUGCCACAAAAAUGGUUCAAGUUAUGAAAGAUCUGCAAAUGCAUAGACAAAACAGUAGAGUGUUUGCCGGCAGACAUGGUUUCAUUACACCAAGAGAUUUAUUCCGUUGGGCCAAUCGGUACCGAACAUUUGAGGGGAAGUCAUAUGAGGAUCUGGCUAAGGAUGGGUAUUUACUUCUUGCAGAGAGAUUGAGGGACGACAAUGAGAAAAUAGUUGUUCAAGAAGCAUUGGAACGUCACCUACGUGUUAAACUCAACAUCCCUGAUCUAUAUAACUUGGAAAGCGUCUACGGGGAGAGCUUAUCUUCUCAUGCUAUAAGACAAAGAGUACAAGAAAGCUUUGGACAUAUCACUUGGACGAAAAGUAUGUGGAGGCUAUUCUUCCUCAUUGAGCGUUGUUACAGGUCACGGGAACCUGUCCUCCUUGUUGGUGAAACUGGUGGGGGGAAAACAACAGUUUGCCAGGUCUUGAGUGCUGUUCUUGGAGUGAAGUUACACAUUUUGAACUGCCACCAAUAUACUGAGACAUCAGACUUCAUCGGGGGAUUUUGUCCUGUGCGUGAUAGGUCAACAAUAGCGUUGGAGUACAAGUAUCUUAUUUCAACAUUGAAGGGAAUGAAAAUUUUCAUUCAUGUUGCUGGAGAUGUGCUAUUUCCAUCUGAUAUAUCUGGAGCCAUUAGCGUCGUGAAUCGUAUGAAUGAAAUACUUGAUAGAUACAGAAAAGAAAAGGAACUGUUUCCGGAGGUGCCACCUCAAGAUAUUGAUGACAUGGAGCAAAUUAAGUUGAAAUUGAUGCAUCUUCAUCAGAAGUCGAAGGCAAUUUUUCUUUGGCAGGAUGGGCCACUUGUGCAAGCAAUGAAGAGCGGAGAUCUUUUCCUUAUUGACGAAGUUUCUUUGGCUGACGACAGUGUACUCGAACGGCUGAACAGUGUUCUGGAACCUGAAAGAAAAUUGUCACUGGCCGAGCAAGGUGGUUCUGUGCUAGAGAAGAUUCUAGCACAUCCAAAUUUCUUUAUCCUUGCAACAAUGAAUCCAGGUGGCGACUAUGGAAAAAAAGAGCUUUCUCCAGCACUAAGAAACCGAUUCACAGAAUUGUGGGUCCCAGCUGUUACAGAUGUUGAUGAACUUAAGACCAUAGCUGUAGAGAGGUUCAGCAAAGCCGAGCUCUCUUGCUUUGGAGAUUGUAUCGUUAAUUUCUCGAAGUGGUUCAACCACCUGCACACUGGAAGAAUGCUCACCAUACGCGAUCUGUUAUCCUGGAUUUUGUUUAUCAAUUCGACAGAGAGAAUUCUCGGGUCACAACAAGCUUUAAUACAUGGUCUGUUCCUUGUACUACUUGAUGGGCUCACAUUGGGAAUGAAUCUUGCUAAAUCGGAGGCUACCGAGUUGAGAAGGACAUGCAUGUCCUUUAUUUUAGAAGAGCUGCAGAAGGUUGAGGGGAAACCCUUAAAGUCAGGCUUGAAUGAUCUAAUGAAUUAUGGCUGGGGUGAUGAUAUAACAAAAACUGAUAUCGAUUGUAAUCGUCCAGGUCAUUUUGGCAUUGCACCAUUCUAUAUUACCAAAGGUCAUUUAGCCUGUAAGCAACAUGGAUUUGAAUUCGGGGCACCCACUACCAGCAAGAAUGUUUUGCGAGUAUUGCGUGGCAUGCAACUAUCCAAACCUCUCUUGUUAGAAGGUAGUCCUGGAGUUGGUAAAACAAGCUUAAUUGUGUCAUUAGCUGGAUUUUCUGGUAACAAUGUCGUGCGAAUAAACCUAUCUGAGCAGACAGAUAUGAUGGAUCUUUUAGGUUCAGACUUACCAGUUGAAGGGGAGAAUGGAAUAGAAUUUGCCUGGUCGGAUGGUAUUCUUCUUCAGGCUUUAAAGAAUGGAAGUUGGGUUCUGUUGGAUGAACUCAAUCUGGCUCCCCAGUCUGUCCUAGAGGGUCUUAAUGCCAUUCUAGACCACCGUGCAGAGGUCUAUAUACCGGAGCUUGGUCAGACCUACAAAUGUCCACCGUCCUUUCGUGUCUUUGCGUGCCAGAAUCCUUCAUCACAGGGUGGUGGGCGCAAAGGCCUCCCCAAGUCCUUCCUGAACCGCUUCACCAAGGUUUAUGUUGAUGAACUAAAAGAAGACGAUUAUUUUUCCAUUUGCAAAUCAAGAUAUCCAUUACUCAGUGAUGAUCUCCUCAGAAACCUGAUUUGCUUUAACAAUAGGCUCUUCACAGAUACCAUGAUACACAGGAAGUAUGGCCAAGAAGGUUCUCCUUGGGAAUUUAAUCUACGUGAUAUUAUGAGGUCUUGUGAGAUGAUAGCAGGUUCGCCAGAUACUUCAAAAAAUGACUGCUUUCUAAAUACUGUUUAUCUUCAACGAAUGCGAACUGCGGUUGACCGCAAUGAAGUUCUCAAGCUUUUUGAAGAAGUCUUUCAGAUACAGCCUAGCAUUCAUCAGCCGAAAAUGCUUUAUGUCAAUGCAGAUUGCUUAGUUGUUGGAAAUGCGUCUAUUAGAAGAAAUAAUUCCCGGUCAUACGCAGUUCAGAUUAACCAACUAAACAUACUUCCUGGUAUUCUUCAUAGCCUUGAAGCUGCUAUCCACUGUAUCCAUCAAGGUUGGUUGUGCAUUCUUGUUGGACAACACUCAUCUGGGAAAACCUCGUUAAUCCGCUUGCUUGCUCAGCUGUCUGGCAAUACAUUGAAUGAGUUGAAUUUGUCAUCUGCAACUGAUGUGUCAGAAUUGCUGGGGUGCUUUGAACAGUAUAACUUCUUCAGACACUACAAAGAGGUCAUAUCACAAGUUGAGCGUUACGUUAAUGAAUAUUUCAGCUUGAAUAUGGAUAUACGUUGGAAGGAUUUGAUUAUGAGAAGAAAGGCUUUGUUUGUGAAAUGGUUUAAAUUUGUGGUUGCUAAAAAGUAUUCUUCAAUCGAUACUUCCACAUUUAUUGAGAUGGGCAGGAAUGCAUCUUUGCCACCAUUGAGCUUGGUCAUAGACAUAGUUGAGCAGAUGAAGAGUGAUCUGGAAUUGCUUGACUUGCCUAUAUCGCUGACCAAAGAUGAUUUGAGUAAAACACUGAAGUCCAUCUACAGCUUGCAGGAGAAGGAAGCUGUACACCAACCAGUUAAAUUUGAAUGGGUCGCUGGAGAUUUGAUCAGGGCCAUUGAACGCGGUGAAUGGGUUAUUCUGGAUAAUGCGAAUUUGUGUAAUCCUACUGUACUUGAUAGAAUAAAUUCUUUGUUUGAGCAAGAAAGGUCCAUUGUAGUGAAUGAAUGUGGUCUCGUUGAUGGAAAUCCUGUAGUUCUGAAGGCUCAUCCUAAUUUCAGAAUGUUUUUGACAGUUAAUGCGAAGUAUGGUGAAGUUUCAAGAGCCAUGCGAAAUAGAGGAGUGGAGAUAUUUCUGAUGGAGCAAAGUCGGUGUCUGGAAGGGUGCACGAAUGUGCCUGAGAAUAGUGAGAGGAAGGACGUGACAAGAUUUUUAAUUUCUUGUGGUAUACCUAGAAUGGAAUUGAUUUCAUCAAUGACUGAAGCACACAUCUAUGCAAAAGCUGCUGGAUUACGUCUUGGUAUAAAUAUUACCCUUCUUGAGAUCACAAGAUGGGUUCAACUGUUCCAACAACUUCUUAUUAAAGGAAAUCAGCUUCGUUGGAGCCUACAUCUAAGUUGGGAACACAUUUACCUACCCUCGUUGGGUCAAGUUAGUGGAUCUGAUGUUGUUGAAGAUGGAAAAUUAAGGUUUUUGACCAAUGUUGAUGGUUGUUCAGCUGGUUUGCCUUGUGAUUUUCCGUUGUCCUUGCCUGGUGGUUGGCCAAAUGAACAGAAACUAAGGGAUUUUAUUUGGUACUCGAAAGAAUCUUGUGUCCAAAGAAACUGCAUGUAUCUACAAUCAUUGGGUGCCCAGUAUGCUGCUUAUCAACUAAGCAAUUUGGAAGGCAGUUCAUCCUUAAUAGGACCUAGUAACAUCCACCCAUAUGUUCUUCCUGCUUCAAGCUUAUAUGCGCUGCAAUUUCCGACUUCGUCCGGUCAGCAUUCUGUUAAGACUCCUGUAACUGGGGGAUUUAAUUCAGAGUUAGCGGAUCAGAUGCUUUUCAUUGCCGCAAACUGGGUAAUGGAGCAAUCUACGAAAAGUGAUCUUGAUUUGUAUGGGAUAUGGUUUAAAUGGUAUAAUGGUCUGCUCCAGCCAUACUGCAGCUUCUUCGAAAACUAUGGUAAUAUUCUUAAGCAAGAACCCGAGCAUCCUGUCUGGCAUAGCAUCCUCGAAUGUUAUGGGGAAAUAACUGCUUAUCACAAGGUUGAUGCUGCUCAUCCUGUUCCAUUGCUGUCGACGAAGUUGCUAGAUAUGGCUGGUUGUGACACCCUUAAAACUUGCCAAAAGCGGCUUCAUAGGGCUCUUAAUGGUUUGAACUUGUUGCGGCUUACAUUAUGGCAAUGGCAAUCUGAGACAGUUCUUCCUGAUUUUGGUGUUCUAAAAGUUGCUUUGUUGCCGGCAUUGAAGUCCCUCAGAUGCUUGGAGGAUGAGGUACUCAAGUUGAUUGUGAGUUCUCGGAAGCUGCUGCAGAUAUACACUCGUAUCCUGGACUAUCACAGAUCAAUAUGGAAGAUGAUAGUCUCGUCUCGGUUUGAGGGCUUACCAGUUGUUUGGAAUCUUCUGAGGAAGGAAAUUCUGAAGCUGCAGCCAAAAUUCCCAGAAGUAGUUGGUAUCUUUAUGAUGGAAAGCGUCAACCUGAACAAUCUCCAAGAUUUCAAUUUACAAAAUAGCAAACCAACUUUGUGGGCCCAUGGUGGCCAUCCUCUUGUACCAUCAUCUGGAAGAGUCUUCUACAAAAUCCAAGAAAUUGUAGCAUUUUCUGCAGCUGUUUGGCCAUUGAAGAAUCUUUCGAAGAAACAGCUUGAUGAUAAGCAACAAAUAAUUGAUGCCAUGUUGUCAGCCAAUCAGGAUCUUAGGUGCCUUGCGUUGGAAGGUGUUUCUCUAGCUUUUCGUGUUGCAUCUAAGCCUGAGGAAGAGGAGUCGACAGUUCUGGCCCACUUGGAUGAAAUUCAUAAGAGUCUUGUCCGAAAGGUUGAGUAUGAGAGGAACAAUCUAGGAUUAUUGUUGAAGACUUCCAACACUGAAGUUAAAGUCUGUUGCUCAGUCUCAUCGGAUAUAUUGUGGAACACUUGUGGUUUCAAUGGUUGGUUAGCGAGUCUUCCUUUGCUCAAUUUGAAGAGCUUGAACUUGGACACUGCUUUACUUCAAUGCCUUUCCAAGUGGAUACAAAUGGAUUCUUCUGAAAUUCGUCAGACUAUAGCAAACUCAGAAUCCCUGCUUACAUAUGCUAUUGACUACUCAUUGGAGUUAUCGUCAAGAUCUCCUUUGGAAUUUACCCAGCAUAAGCUUGUUUGGUGGAUUCAUAAUGAAUGGGACACAGUUGAGAAUGUCGAUGCAAAAUUUGCUAGCUCGCUUCUUGAAAUAUGGUACAACUAUCACACGUCUCUGUGGACUUAUUGCUCUGGAAGUCCAAAGGCCAUGUUCCCUCUUACACACGAUGAAACCUCUGAUCUAGCACACCUGACAAAAAUGGACGCCAUCAAUACUAUUAUCCGAGGUGAUUUAUGUGUGAUGGAUUAUCGGAAGAACAGUUUAAUGCUUAGAAUGUCAUCUAGAAGUCUCUGGGAAGAUGUCUCGUAUGCGGGAAGCUUAGUUGGUGGUCUCUAUUCUGCUGCUGAUUCGCUCUUCAAACAGAUCAUAUUUGCCCAUAAGAAGCAUUUCAAGCCAGAAGAGUACAGCCAAUUAGAGCACAUCCUGUUUCAACAAUCCGAACAUCAUCUGGAGGAUGAAUGCCUACUUACUGCUUGUGCACUGUUAUCUUCGUCAAGUCAUGGAGUGCUUGCUUCAUUCUCAGGGUCAAAUAAACUCAUAGGGUCCUUGCUUCUGGAGUUGUACUCAUCAUACUCGAGUGACUCUUUAUUGCAUCUUGGGGCUGCCUGGGUAUAUAUUGGGAUGUUGCGUUUCCAGUUAUUGUUGAGCUCAUACGAUCCAGAUCCUGCGUUCCUAUCUGCUUUUAUGCAUUCUCAGAUUCUGGAGAAGAUUUCACUCCUAGAUCUCAAGGGAAAGGUCCGUCAUGAAUGUGAAGAAUUGGCGGGCUCUAACUCAGCAGGAGAUUGUCAUGAUCAAAAGUUAAUGCAAGAGCUGAAAACUGAAGAGAAGAAUCUCCGGUCAAAGGUUGUAUUUCGACCUCGACAGUCUAAACAUAAGAGUUUGAUUGCAGCAUGCUGUGAGUUUGAGGGACGGUUGUCUGACUGCAAGGAUCUGUUAAGUCAUUUAAACUGCAAAGGUGCUGGACAAUUGGAGGUUAACAGAAUCUGCAAUUGGCAGAUAACAUCAGGGAACUUUAUUAAGAGACUGACAGAAGAGUAUGGGGAAUAUGUGGAUUUGAUUCAGCCAGUGCAAGUUGCCGUAUACGAAAUGAAACUUGGCUUGGCAAUUGCUCUAUCUGGUUCUCUUGAGAGAGAAUAUUUGAAGAAGGUGAAAGAAGAUGAUAUCGAAAAAGUUCUGGGUGCAAUUUUUACUUUUAUGCAGUUUCCCAAUGGACAUGUUGCUGGAAUGACAUUAGUGGGCGUUCCAGAUUUAACAAAUUAUUCAAUUGGUGAUCAAUUGGAAACUCAAUACAGUGAGUUCAAGGAUGUAGAUAUAUUGGAGAAGCUGUCUCGUGUGUCAAGUCAGUUAAAUGUUGGCGAAGUUGCAGAUGAAGUGAGAUCCCAUUCGCAGAUGCUAGUAACAUUUCAUCAUGUUUCUUUAGUACGGACAACGUACCGUAUCUGUCAGUCCCUUGUCAUGGAUAAAACUUCUUAUCUGUCUUUGAAGAAGAUCUUUGACUAUUUUAAAAGCAUGUGGAUCGAUAUGAAAUCUAGUGUGAAGGCUAGGGAAAAUGACGAUUCUCAGUAUUACAAGUUCAGGUCCCGUAUCAUCGAUAUAGAUGACAUCUUUAAAGGAGAUGUGCCUUCACUUUCAGAUAUAGACUCUGAUGUCAAUGCUGGUCCAGAUAAUGAAGAAAAAUUGGAGCUUGAGUUUUUCAAAAUUAUGGAGAGAAGUGACGAAGAUGAUGGUUCUGUUGAAGACAAAUGGGAUCUUGUUCCAGAGUCUGCUCUGAAAUGUAUUAUAUUAACACAUAACCAAUUGUUUGGAUCUCAUGAUCUUAUCGGAAAGACUGAAAAAUUCCAAAUUAGUGAUCAGCAGAAACUUCAGUCUUUUGUAGACUCGUACGAUUUUGGUGCAAGAAUACUGAAAGGCCUGCCAGAAUUGACUUCUUCAACACUAGAUGAGAAACUCAUGCCUGAGCAUUUACUCCGUGUUUGUCUGGAAUAUCAGCGAACCUGUGCAGCCUCUCUAGGCAGCAAUAGUUAUAAUGCUUACAAGGACCCAAAUCCUCCUGUUUUAUUCAAAAUGGUUGAGCCACUAACUGCACUUCAAGAGAAAGUUAGGACCUUUUUAGACGAGUGGCCAGAUCAUCCAGGUCUACUGAAAAUAUUGGAGAUAAUCGCUUCCCUUUUGGCAAUGCCCCUGAGUGCUCCACUUUCUAAGGUCUUACUUGGAUUGCAACUGUUGGCUGGGAAAGCUCAAACAUUGCAGGAAAAUGACUCCAAGUUCUUUCUUAAAGAUCAUCUUCCACCAAUAUUCAUGCUUCUGUCUUCAUGGCAAAGGCUUGAGUUAGAAUGUUGGCCUAUCCUGCUUGAGGAAGUCCAGGGAAAGUAUGAAACUAAUGCUGCAAAACUAUGGUUUCCACUGCGAGCAUUGCUUUCUCAGUCUUGUGACAUUCCAACGAAUGAUGAUUUGUCUAUAAUCAAGAGCAUAGAGGAGUUCGUCCAAACAUCAAAUCUUGGAGAAUUCAAGACACGAUUGCAUCUCCUCCUUGCAUUCCAUGGUGAAUUUUCUGAUGGUGCUAGUGUGGGUGUUUAUUCAAGUACUCCAGUGAAGAAAAUCCAGAACAUUCUGUACAACGUGUUUGGUUACUACAUGCAGUUCUUGUCACUUGUUCUUCGGCAAAUUGAGGUCGGUAAAGAAUCAGUUGAAAAGGAGUUGAAAGAUCAGGUUAAGCUUUAUCGAUGGGAGCAAGAUCCAUACAGUCUUGCUUCGAUUGAAAAUUUCAAGAGGACGAGGCAGAAAUUUUUUAAGCUUCUGCAACGGUUCAAUGAUAUUUUGAAGAAACCUGUUAUUGCCCUGCUGAAUGAAGAGGCUACAGCAAGAAAAGUUCCAUGUUGGCUUGAUCCUGAGAUACCUGAAUCACAGUUUCCUGUUGACACGGAGAAACUUGGUGAAAGGUUUUUGUGGUACAACAAGUGGAAAAACCAGGCUUCUCUGUCACUGCGAACAUUAUUGCAUGCAAACGAUAGUGCUGCUGCAGUUCCCAACGUGAAAGAAUCUGUAUAUGCUGUUGUGCACAAUAUGAACCACCAACAAGAUGAAACUGAACUCAACGAUAGAUUGAAAUUCUUUUGGUAUGCACUUGAGAGGAUUUGUAAUGCGGCUGAUUUUGGUUCUAUACUUAAGCAUGGUAAAAAGAACCAGAAGAAAACUGCUUUGUCCAGUUUGUUCAAGACACUCGAGGAAUGUGGACUCUCAAAGCACAGGCCAACGAGUCAUGAGUGGGGAAACGAGUUGGAUGCACCAAGCCCGUUGUUUUUGGAGCAGUCAUACAACACAACACAUUUACUCCAACAAGUGACCACGCAAAAAGCGUGUGAAGAUGUUAGCUCUAUUCAUUCUACCCUAUUGGGCGCAAAUAACUGGAAGCUUGCAAAUCAGCAGUACUUCAGAUGUUUGGCAACGGUGCAACAACUUAAGCAAAUUUCCUUGAAAUUUAACAAAGAUCUAGACUUAGUAGAGGUUAAUAAGGCUGCGUCCUUUAUGAACCAUCUUUUGACUACGUUGUGUGAACAAAGACAUCUUGCUUAUGAUCUAUUUGAGCAGCUGAACCAGUUUCGGCAUAUGAUCUUAUUAUUAGGUUCAGGAGGGAAGAGCGGAUCUCUAUCAUCCUGCCAAAAUGUACUGCUAAUUUCCAUGUGGCAGCAAAAGCAAUUUUUUGACAAUAUGCUAGCUAUGGCCACGGACACCAACUUGUUGCUCAAAACCUUCAAAGGCUCUCAUCAUGCCUCUUGUGACAACUUUGAAGUAGAAGUUGCCGCGAUGUCAACUCUUUUGGAAAAGUUUAUUACAAGAUUUUCUGAAUCCAAGGAUUUAUUAGACAAAUUCUUAGUUGGAUCCAACAAUAUCCUUGCUGGUGCCCACAAAAAUAUGCCUCUUGCUACAAUGGAGAUGGAACAACUUGUUGCUGUGAAUUGCCAGCUUGUCAACACAUUUAGAGAGGAUAUACAGGUUUUAUCCCACCAGGAUGUUGCACUGAGAUCUGUGAAGAAAGUUCUGCUCUCUCGUUUCAAAGAGUUACUGGACAAGGGGAAGAUAGCAACAGAGAGUUUCUCUAGAGAACUUAAAGACAAGCAUGGACUAUUCUCUGAUGAACAAAAGCCUGAAGAUGCAUAUGCAGAAGCUUUUAAGGAAACCUUCGCACUAGCUGUCGGUGUUGUAGGACAUCUCACUGGUCUUGGGAGAUCCAUUGAUGAAACUAAAGAACCCUCGUUAGAGGGGAAUAUUACCUCCUGGAAAGAUAUUUUGCAUUCGUAUGUCAUGAAUCUUCAAAUGGACCAUGUCUGUGACGCUGGUGAAAAUCUUUCUGUUUUAGUGAGGAAACUGGUAGACUACAAACCUGAGAUGUGUUCUAUAAUAGAGGCACAGUUAAUGCAUCUUCGUGUUUUGCUGGGUGUGAUCCUGUCAUCAGCCGAAGGCAUACUUUCUGAACUUUUGGAAGCUCACAGAAGAACAUCUGAAAUGACUCAUGCACUCGGGGAUCUUUUUAUUUAUCUAUGUGCGGAGGGGUUUGGUUGCGUCGAAGAUACAGCUGAAGAUGCUUCAGACGGACAGAAGGAUGCAACAGGAACUGGAACUGGCAUGGGUGAGGGGGAAGGUCAAGAGAGUGCAAGCUCUAAAAUAGAUGAUAUAUCACAACUUGAGGGCACCAAUGAAAUGCAGGAUGCUCAGUGUAAGGGAGAUCAAACUCCUAAGGAUGAUGAUCAAGCAAUUGAAAUGGAAGGAGAUUUUGCUGCUGAAUUAGCUGAUGUUUCUGAGAAUGAAAGCAAUGACUCAGGCAGCGAGGAUGAAGACAACUUGGAUAGUCAGAUGGGUGACACUGGUGAUGCCAGUGAAAUGGUUGCGAAGAAAUCCUGGGACAAAAACGAAGAUGAUGAUUCUAAGACGUCUGAAGAGAAGUAUGAGUCGGGUUCAUUAGCCAAGGGGGCAGAUGAGAAUGAUAGGGAAUUGCGUGCUAAGGACGAAUGUCCCAUGGAGACAGAUACCGUGGAGACAGAUGAUAACGAGCAAGGCAAGAAUAAUGAUAUGGAUGAUGAACCAAGUGCUUGUGAGGAUGCUGAUGAGAAUACUGAUGAUGUAAUGAACAAAGCUGAUGCAUAUGAUGAUCGAACAGGACCUGAACUCACUGAACUGGACAAAGAGGAUGAGGAUGUCAACAUGGAUGACACAGAACAAGCCGAUGACAUGGGUGCUGACAAUCCUGACAACGAAGAUAUGGGCCCAGAAGAGGGGCAGCAAGAAGAUGAUGGUGCAGUUGGGUCAGAAGAUAUGGAGGAAGACGAUCCCACACAUGAUGGUGACAAUGUGGUUGAUAAUGAAGGGGAUGAUGAUGAAGAUAGAAAUGUGGAGCCAAACAACAUGGAGAAGCAACAGUUGGACAAAAUCGAGUCACUUGUACAUCCUUCACAAGGUAUAACACCCAGCCAAUUGGAAACAGACUCUAACAAAGAAUCUGAAGCAAACUUGGCCAACAGCAUGGACAUGAGCAGUGGAGUUGCUCCUUCUGUAGAUUUUUCAAAUAAUCAAGUGCCUAGUCUGGAAAUCUCUAUGCCCAACUCUGGUGAAGGUUCAAGAAAUUUGUCCAACUCCAAGCCAGAGCUGCAGCCUGAUGCUCCACCAUCACACAUCAAGCAGACAAAUCCUUUCAGGAGCAUUGGAGACGCAUUGGAAGACUGGAAAGAACGAGCAAGAGUCUCAGCUGAUACCCAGGAUCAUCAACCAGAAACUGGACACCAUAUUGAUGAUGAGAGUGCUACUGAAUUUCGUUAUGUGCCUGAGGGUGAGCAGAGCACCUCACAAGCAUUGGGUGACGCGACAGCUGAUCAAAUCAAUGACGAGCUGCAAGUCAGGCAACCCAUGUUAGAUGAUGAAACCCGUGCCCAAGUGGAGCAACCUGAUGAGAGGAUACCCGGGGAUAACAAGCCUGAAAUGCCCCAUCUUCAAACUUCACAAUCACGCGUCAACAAGUCCGAAAGUGCCAACAGAUUGGAGAGAAGAGAUAUUCAGACUGAUGCAUCCAUUGAGGAUUUGGUUCAAGAUGAAAUAAUUGACACUUCUGGAGAUGUUGUUUCAUUCAAGCAGCGUCUGACAGAUGACAGGGUAGUUCAGCUGGAUGCCCUAACAAGUGACAGGGAGAUGGCUACUCAGAUGGAUCUGGACAUAAUUAAUGAAGAAACGGGAAGGACUAUCAUGGACUGGAGAAAUCUCGAAUUGGCAACCAUGAAAUUAUCCCAAGAACUGGCAGAGCAAUUGCGCCUUGUCAUGGAACCAACUCUUGCAAGUAAGCUUCAAGGAGAUUACAGAACCGGAAAGAGAAUAAACAUGAAGAAGGUUAUUCCAUAUAUUGCAAGCCAGUUUCGCAGGGACAAGAUAUGGUUGCGACGAACUAAACCCAAUAAACGAAAUUACCAGGUGGUUAUUGCUGUCGAUGACUCACGAAGCAUGUCCGAGGGCAAGUGUGGAAAAGUUGCAAUUGAAGCAUUAGUUACAGUUUGCCGGGCCAUGUCGCAACUUGAGGUUGGGCAGUUCGCAGUUGCAAGUUUCGGGAAAAGAGGGAACGUUAAAGUCUUGCAUGAUUUUGAUCAGAUCUUCAAUGCAGAAGCUGGAGUCAAGAUGAUCUCUAGUCUGUCCUUUGAGCAAGACAACAAAAUUGAGGAUCAACCAGUUGCUGAUCUCUUGAUGCAUCUGAAUACAAUGCUUGAUGCUGCUGUGGCAAGGUCGCGCACGCCAUCAGGGCAAAAUCCACUUCAGCAACUCAUACUUGUAAUAUCUGAUGGAAAGUUCCAUGAAAAGGAAAAUUUGAGGCGCUGUAUCAGGAAUGUUCUAAACAGAAGGAGAAUGAUUGCAUAUGUACUCCUAGAUAGUCAUGAGGAAUCCAUUAUGAACUCACUGGAAGCGUGCUAUGAAGGAGACAAACUAAUCUUGGGAAAAUAUAUGGACUCAUUUCCGUUCCCUUACUAUGUUAUGCUGAAGAACAUAGAAGCGCUUCCUCGUACACUGGCCGAUUUGCUCAGACAGUGGUUUGAGCUGAUGCAGGGCGCGAAUGAAUGAUCUUUGGGGACGUUGCCAGCUUGUCAAAUUGGUAAGGGAACCCGUAGGUGUAAAACCAUGGGCGUUCUCUAGGUUCAUACUGGAACAAUUAGUGGUCCAAAGUCCGAGUUUUGUACAAAAUACACACCUGUUGUAGCUUGUUUUACACUUCGGAACAAAUUGUUGUGUAAAGUUUCAUUUGUACGAGAUAUGCUACAUUUCCAUGUAUUGACUCGUGAGAGGUCAGAUUUUGAGUAAAGCGCACAUUGUAUUACCAAGGGAUCAAUGCAAAAUUGCUUGCCACCA